UUGUUUUAUUGGAUAAUAAUUGGAUAAAAACUGAGUGGCACUACCUGUCUUGGUUCUCCCAUUUCUCUAGUGUAAUGUAUUUUUCUGCUUAUUCAAAAUCAUACAUGUGGCUGGUUCCCCUUUUCAAGGCAUUCAAUGAUUAAUGCCCAUAUUGCCCAAGUAGGUUGAGGUAGUCAAGGCUAGCCGAUACUCUGCAACCAUAUGGCUCUAAUCUCGAUAAUUUUCGUCAAUACCUGCUGUAAUGUCGGACCUCUUUGGCACACUUGAGUGGCUUUCGCAUUAAAGAAACAGUGCAUCAAAUAUAUACAAUUAUCAAUGACAAGCAUUGGCUAGGCAACUGUGCUAGCCGCAGAUCCUGAUCCAGCAAAGUGAAGUGAGGCACCAGCAGGACGUGAUGCCCCGCAGACGGCGUUUCCGACAUGCUCAGCACCGUCCAGAGCCUUCAGCGGACAUACACCAGCCCGCACUGGCAAAUGGCUCAGGGACCCGAUCCAGCACAUGGGGUGGAGGGUGGCCGGAGUCGCCAGACAACACUGGCGAUAACCAACUGCGGCUCUGCGUCAGGAACCUGCCGCGAAGAAUCUCCAAGCGCACGGUCUUCCACGCCUUCGAGGACUUCGGCUUCGUGAAGGACGUCACACUUGUCAGAAACAAGGAAAGCGGCCGGCUCCGUGACUUUUGUUUCGUGACGUUCACGGAGCGGAAUGCGGCGCUCGGAGCCCUGGAGGCGGCCAGCGUCGGCUCGGUGUGGCUGGGCUCCCGCCUGGUCACUGCCGAGCCGGCCCGGCCGCGCCGGUCCGCCGCCCACCCUCCGCAGUCCCUGCCCACGGUGCCUGCCUCGCCAGCGGAGUCAGUGACGGCCGAGCCGCGGGGACAGCGGAGGCGGCGGCGGCGGCGCGGCCGGUCGUCGGGCGCGUGCCACGCGGACCGGCUGCCGGCGGAGCUGCUGGAGCAGAUCCUGUCUCUCCUGCCGCUGCGGUACCAGCUGAUCGCACAGGCCGUGUCGCGUCGCUGGCACGCCGUGGUGGCCGGCCUGCUGGCGCGCCGCGCGGAGAUCCUGCUCGACCGAGACUUUGCCGACGCUGGAGAGAGGGUCUCCAUGGACUCUGAACAAAUGCGGAGUCUGCUGCGGCAGGCGACCGGGCUGCGGCGGCUGCACACGGGACCGGCGCACCUUUGCCCGUUCGACGCCAUGGACCACAUCACGGCGCACUGUCCGAACCUGCUGUCUCUGGACAUGUCAUCCGGUUUCUUCACGUUCAGCCAGCAGCGUCUGCGGCGUCUGGUGCGCGCCUGCCCGCUGCUGGAGGACGUCACCCUGCCCUCCUACUACGUGUGUGACGAGGCCACGGUGCUGGUGCUGCUGCGCCACCUGCCGCGUCUGCGCCGGCUCCAGCUGCUGCCGGGCACCCAGCUGACGGGCCAGAGCCUGGCGCUGCUGCCCGGCUCGCUGCGCCAGCUCAGCCUGCCCUGCGGCUGGCUCAGCUCGGAGCACGUGCGACACGUGGCGCGCUGCCGCCAGCUGCGCGAGCUCGAGCUCACGGGCGUGGCGCGGCUGAAGACGGCCGACCUGGCGGCGGCUCUGGCCGGCUGCCGGUGUCUGGAGCGGCUGUCGGCGGCUCGGCUCGGCCCGCCGCCGCAGCUAUACCUGCCGCCCGAGGGGCUGGCGCGGCUGGUGUCUCUGGACGUCAGUGACGCGCCAGGGGUCACUGACGAGACGCUGCGCCGCCUGCCGGAGCUGGCGCCGGCACUGACCGCGCUCAACGUCCAGGGCUGUGACGGUGUGACAGAGUCGGGUCUGACACACCUCGACCGGCUCUGUCACCUCCAAUCCCUGGACGUCGGCUACGUGUGUGAUGUCACCGAUCACGUGCUGUACCGGCUACGGGCUCUGCCGCUGCGCGAGCUGCGGCUGGCGCAGGACGCCACCGGCAGCGCCCGGUUCACAGAGACCGGAGUGGUUGGGCUGGCGGUCGCCCUUCCCUCGCUCGCUCUGCUGGACCUCAGCUGUGUGGACUGCAUCUCAGAGGGCCUGGUGGAGCGACUGGAGAGCGACCUGCCCGACGGACGCUCCCUCGGCAUCUACGUCGGAGGCACCUCGCUGGAGCGGUACGGCCAGCCCACCUCAGAUCGUGUCCGCCUGCUGCGGUACAUCACCGUGCCAGGCGGACGGCGGCUACUCACCGCCGAGCAGCUCUGGAACGAGAGCGAGGAGGCAGAGGUGCCGACCAUUGCCGACUGGCGCCGGCCGCCCUGUGAGUGAAGACCAUCCCACGCUGCCGCCCUGUGUGUGACCGGCGUACCGACCAUAGCAGAUUGGAGGUAGUCGUCCUUGCCCUCCGUGAUCGGCAGCGCUGGAACGGGACAGUGGCGCUAACUAUCGCCGAUUGGCGGUCGUUGUCCUCAGCCUGACGGGACCAGCUGCGUUGGAACAGGGCGGUAAGUAACGCCGACCAUCGCUAACUAGCGGCGGCUGCCCUCAGACUGACUGUGGUCGGUCGUGAAUGACGAACUCCGUACAACUACGGACGAUCGAAUCAUGAAUUGGGAGUAGAAAUCAACCAAGUUUACUUAUUUGAGAUUGACCAAAGCUUACACUUAAGUUCUCUUAGUCACAAGUGACGAUACUAUAAUCUCUUCUACACUUUAGGCAGUGAAAAGAAGAGCUUGGAGCAAAGGGCCGAACCCGGUAUAUGUAUGUUGUACAAUGUGUAAUUGUAUGUUGCUCAAUGUUAUACAGGGAUUUGAUGUGCGAACCGAGUAAGUGAAUGGAGUGCAAUAGUCGUGUUUGUGUGUGAUAAAAUAAGAUGUAUAAUGUAUAUUGCAUAAAAAAUCUUGCGAGUCAUAAUUUUGUUUCCGUUUUGGAAAUUCAGAGUGUCAGGUAACAAGCUUUACAUGUAUGAAAUUUUAUUUACUAGAAGUAGUUGUAUCUUUGCGUGUGAUAGUUUUAUUGACUGUUCUGCUAAACCAAUUCCGUCGCGGUUUACCGUGUGACCGAAUGAAGUAAAUUAGUAUGUACUGUGCUUAUUGCGCGGUGUUCGUACAACAAUAGAAGUACAACCAUGGAAGCUUUCAUCGUCGAGCUGCGACAAACAAAUGUCAUAAUUUCUUGUCGACAAGAACGCAAUCGGCUGUAUAUCCUGAAAGUUUUAUUUGUUUGGGAUACGUUUUUGUCUAAUUUAUUUAGUUAUGCAUGUCGUAAAUUAUUGUUUUAUCAUGUAACUACUUCUUAUUGGGAGUGUGCUAAUGUGACAAUAAAACCACAGCGUGCUACA